AUGUAUCGCUGUAGCUUGGGAUUUGGGGCUCCUGAAAAAGGAAACACAAAGAUGGGGGGUCACUUGCAUAUGCUAUCAAAGUGGCUGGUUCUGCUGAACUUCACGGCCUUGGAGGUCUCGUCCAUAGAAACAGUUAACCUGGUGGAUUUUUGUGGGCAGACCAUCAGAGACGACGGGCUGAUUAUCAAUUCGCACAGGGACUCCCGGCGCUACUACUUCGUGGCCACGGGGACGGACUGCUCCCUCACCAUGCAGGCCGCGUCGCCCAAAGACAAAGUCCAGUUCCAGUUCCGCUUCUUCUUGGUGUACAGCCUGCUGCGCCUGGCCCCCAGCGGCGGGCCCCCGUCCAACGCCACCCGAGCGCCUCUGCCCCCAGAGACCGCCCGGCCCAGCCAAAGGGGGCCUGGGCAGCCCUCAUCUGGUGGAGACUGGGAGCUUCAGGACCCCUGUAAUGCUGGAUCGUAUAUGCAAUUCUAUGAUGGCAGAGGUCGCGCCGCCAAGCCUCUGGGGUUCCCGCUGUGUGGGAAGAGCAUCCCCAGGCCCAUCCUGUCCACCGGGAACUACUUGACCCUGCGCUUGGUGACACGGGGGCAGCAGCCCCGGGUGGAUUUCGUGGGCGAUUUUACAUCCUUCCGUCUGGGCUUCAACAUGUCCGAGUGCAGCGAGGAGCCGUACUUCCAGUGCCGGAACAGCAAGUGCAUCCCCAUGAGCCUGGUGUGUGACCGGACGGGCAUCGAUAACUGCGGGGAUGGCUCGGACCAGGCAGCCCACCCCCCUGCCAAGUGCAGAGGCCGCCCUCCCACAUCAGCAUUUCUCCAGCCUGAGAGCAGCCCUGCAGCCCACGUCACCCCCUGCAUGGCAGCCUGUGGCGGGGCAGAGAAGAGCCAGCCCUUGGCCCCAGACACCGUGCCCCAGGACGAGCCUGCAGCAGGUGAGAGGAGCUUGUGCUCCCUGCUGGCCCUCUACAUCCUCCUGGGGCUGGGCGUGGGCUCAGCCCUCCUGCUCUGGUGCUGCUGGUCCCCUGGCUGGUUUGUCUGGAGACUCGGGGCCUGCCGGUUCCUGCCUGGCUGCAACUCCAUGUGGGCCUCGUGCCAGCUCUGCCCCCACAGCUGUGCCCACAGGAACCAUGGCUGUUCCAGCAAAGUCACGCCGCAGCACAGCGCCGACCUGCCCAUCUGA